GGGUGGGAGGGUUGACGCUGGAAUUCGACGGCCUGUUUAUGAUUGGCUAAUGCGCCACUGCGUUCUUAGCGAAUAAGAGAGUGGCCGUUUUGUCUAUAUCACGGAGAGCUCGGGGUGUAACGUUCAUUUCGGAGUUGUUGAUAAAACAGAUUUGAGCAUCAAGAUGAGUGGCAGAGGAAAAACCGGCGGAAAGGCUAGAGCUAAGGCCAAGACUCGUUCAUCCAGGGCUGGACUUCAGUUCCCCGUGGGACGUGUGCACAGGCUUCUGCGUAAAGGCAACUAUGCCGAGCGCGUCGGUGCCGGCGCUCCGGUCUACCUGGCCGCAGUGUUGGAGUAUCUGACCGCUGAGAUCCUGGAGUUGGCCGGUAACGCCGCCCGUGAUAAUAAGAAGACCCGUAUCAUUCCCCGCCACUUACAGCUCGCCGUGCGUAACGACGAGGAGCUGAACAAACUGCUCGGCGGAGUGACCAUCGCUCAGGGUGGUGUGCUACCGAACAUUCAGGCUGUGCUUCUGCCUAAAAAGACCGAGAAGGCCGUUAAGACCAAGUAAACUCGUCCACCGCUGCUUUGUCAGUACCCAAAGGCUCUUUUAAGAGCCACCAUCUCUGCUUAAAAAGUGCAGUUUUUACACCCGUUUUUCUACUGAAGUCAGCACGUUUAUUAAUAAUAAUAGUGGUAGUUAGCCUGUUGCUUAAAUGAAAUCUAAGGGGUGAAAGUGCACUUCUAAGACAGCAUAUUUGUAAAUAAAAAAGGACUCGAUAAUUUUCUAGUCAUGAUUUGAUACCAUAUUUAAGUAAUGACUAUAAGAACUAUAAUAGCAGUUAGCGUGCUGGUUAAAUGAAGUCUGAGGAGUGAAAAUGGUUUGUGACGGCGUUGUGUGUGUUCCUAAUGAACAAAGCAGAGAGCGCGCCAAUAGAAUUGUGGCGGGCGUCUUGUGUUUCGAACGGAGGCAGAGAAGACGGUCCAAUAGUCAACAGGUGACG